AUGACGAGCAUUAAAGAAGUUAAAUCAAAUCAACCUUCGGAUGAUGAUAUAGGCAAUACACCAAGUCGCGUUCAUACUCUAGAGCAGGAUAAUAGUCAUGAUUUAACUCCAGAUAUUAGUGGUUCUGAUCAAGAUCUUGAAAAUUCGUUGGAUGAAAAAUUAAUUGAAAAUGAUCCAGAUAUCGAUGGGGGAUAUGCUUGGGUAAUAGUUAUAGCAAUCAUCCUCUAUAACUUUCUGACGUGGGGAGGAAACUCAGGAUUUGCUAUAUACCUCCUGACGUAUCUUGAAAACAACAGGUUUGAAAAUGCUGAUAAAAUGGAUUAUGCUUAUAUUGGUGGAAUUGCAUUUGGAGUCGGCGUUUUGUUCAGUCCUUUCAUCACGGUGCUAAUUGGAUUAAUUGGAUUCAAAAAUGUUCUUAUAAUCGGGAAUUGCUUACAAUUUACUGCUUUGAUGUUGGCAAGUUUUGCUACAAAGUUAUGGCAAUUAUAUUUGACUCAAGGUUUGAUGAAUAGUUUUGGUUUAGCUUUUAUUUCAAUUCCUGCUAUAACUUUAUUACCUCAAUAUUUUAAAAAGAAGAGAGUUUUAGCUAUGGGUUUAGGAACUGCAGGUUCUGGUCUUGGUGGAAUUGUUUACAAUUUAGCAAUGAAUAAACUUGUCGAAGUUAGAAGUGUUUCGUGGGCUCUAAGAGCUCAAAGUAUCAUGCAAUUUGGGAUGGUUUGGAUUGCGAUCCUAAUAACAAAAAGUAAGACUGAGAACUACAAUAUCGAAUUUAAAUUAUAUGAUGCUAAAAUUAUGAAAUCAUUAUUAUUUUGGCUCAUAAUAUUUUUCACAAUUACUUGUAGUUUUGGCUAUGUUAUUCUAUUAUAUCAAUUGGCAAAUUUCACUGUUAGUUUAGGUUAUAGUGAAUAUCAAGGUUCAAUAGUGUCUGCCAUGGUUCAAGUUGGUUCCUGUUUUGGUAGACCCCCUGUUGGUUAUUUAUCAGAUAGAUUUGGUUCUGCUACAGUUGGAAGUAUAAUUUAUAUUAUUGUUGGAAUUUUUGCAUUGGCAAUGUGGAUUCCAGCUAGAAAUUAUGCAACUGUUAUAAUAUUUGCAUUAAUCCAAGGUGCUUUAAUGGGUUCUCUCUAUGUUAUAAUCGCACCAUUGAUUGCUAGAUGCUUUGGUAUAAAUAAAAUGAAUAUGAUCUUUGCUUAUACAUGGUUCUUUUUGGGAUUACUGGGUAUAUUUUCACCUGUAAUUGGUUUAAAAUUAACAACAGGUUCUGCAUCAGGUUAUGAUCCUACAAGAUAUGUUGAUCCAGCAAUUUUCAGUGGUGUUGUAUUUUUGGCAUCUGGUGUUUCAUUACUUUUAAUUAAAGGUCAUUUAACUGCAAGAGAUUAUGAAUUAAAUGCAAAAGAAACAUUAUUGGAUACUGAUAAAUUAGUUGAUACAAAAGUACCAAUACGUAAAAUGAUUACAAACAUUUUUAGAAAAAAUCUACAACCAGCAUAA